AUGACUGACAUAUUACCUGAUUGUCUCAUUCAAAAAAUACUAUGUCUUAGUUUUAAAGAAGCAACACGGAUGAGCAUUCUCUCCAAAACAUGGCUACAAGAAUGGUUGACUCUUCCCAACUUGGAAUUCACUAUUAAUUGUUGGGAAGGCAAUAUAAAUACAAUCAACACAACCAUGGAGAGAUAUAGGAAGGGGAAUAUCCCUAUACAAAAGUUUGAAUUAUUAGAGCUCUUUGCUAAUUCUCAUGAAGAUUUCCCUUUGAUUGAUAAGUGGCUUGACGUUGCACUUCAGAAUGGCGUAAAAGAUCUUUAUCUUAACUUUACAUCAUACCUCGUGCCUAUUUUAACCAUCUUGGCAGCAAAAACUUUAAGAGAAUUGGUUUUGCGGGGUAGUACCCUUAUGUCUGUUUCAUUAUCUAGUAGUGUUGUGAAUUGCAAUUCUUUGAGAAAGCUUUCGCUAUCUCAUGUAAGAUUAGACGAAAACAUGAUUCAGACUCUACUUAAUAGUUGUCCCUUGAUUGCCUCUUUCAUCCUUAUGUAUUGUUCAGGAAAUCUUCGAAAGAUCAAGUCGAAUUCCUUGAAGGUCUUGAAGAUUCAUCAUCUUUUCGGGAUAGGGGAGAUUGAUGCUCCAAAUUUGGUGUCACUUGACUAUAUGGGGAAUCAAAUUCCUGAACUUAAAAUUGCAAGAGAGUCAACCCAAUUGGAGUACUCAAAAAUCUAUGUUGAAUGCAUCAACAAUUUAAAUGCCGCAUGGUUUUGUAACUUGAGGAAGUUUCUUUCAAAUUCGUCCUCUUGGUCUGAAGUGACUCUUUAUUUUAUCAAUUGUGGUGAGAUCAACAUGACAGAUUUGCAAAUGGACCACAUAGGUUCUAUCCCGCACGUGGACAUUUUAAAUGUCAAUAUUCUACAGAAGAAUCAGACUAUGGAGUGCCCAACUUUUGUGGAUGCUUUGCUAUGGAGUUGUCAUCCCAAGAGACUCAACCUACACUCAAAUAUUAAAACGAUUACACGUUUCAUCAAUCGUUUAAUGUAUAUGAAGAGUUUGAGUCAUUCUACUUCUCAUGGAAGCACACUGUGGCAUUGUCAAUUAAAAGAAAUAAAAGCUUUUGAUGGAAAAAAUCAGUCGCUGCAACUCAGAAGUUGGGAGCUUGCAAAAAGGAUCGUUAUGGAGGGGAAGGGGAAAGUUCAUUUUUUAUUAGAUUGGUGA